GGUUCUGUAUAUUUCUUUGUAUUCUUCUACAAAACUUUUGUAAGAACAACAUGAAGGCAACAGUGACUGUAUUCAUAAUUUUGGUGGCAUUCGCGUCCGCCGGUAAAAUUCACUAUGCAGAGAAAUAUUUGGAUCAAAUCGCCACUUCUAGAACAGAAUGCUUUAAAAAAGAAGGUGUGGACUUGAAGUAUUUAGAGCAAGUUGACGACAGUGAAACUAUACCGACAUUCGAUCAGCAGAAGUGUUACGUUCUGUGCAUGAUAAACAAGUUUAAGUUUACCGAUGCUGAACUUCGAUUCCAAGCGGAAAGUUAUAAGGAGUAUUUCGAUGAUUUGGUGCUUUGGGAGAAGGUGGAAACAGCAUUAUCAACGAAAUGUCUGCCAAAAGACAAGAAAAUUAGGAGCUGCGAAGAUGCCUACGACAUGUACAUUUGUCUCGUUAGAAACGUCUAAUGCUCCAAUUAUAAGUUGACUCAUAUGUUUACAUAAAAAUACAUGCAUGAAUGCUACCAA